AUGUGCAAAGUCAUCAUGAUCAAACAGGAAGCUAGUGGUAGUGAAAAGGAACAAGUUAAAUGGUCAGAUAAAAUGGAUUAUGCGUACAUCCACGCGAUGAUUAAACAACAAGAGACGGGCAAUAGGGUGAAUGGUACUUUCACACCAACUGCAUAUGCUCAAAUGUCAAAACCUGAGGCUGCGUCGUUAAGGACAAAAAAGAUUGCAUACUUCGAUGAGAUGUUGGUAUUAUUUGCAAGGGAUAGGGCAUCCGGUGCACAUGCUGAAACAGCGAAAGAAAGAAAUGCCCGAUUAAAUGAAAAUGAAAAUAUUCAAGUUGAAACAAUUAAAGAAGUUGAUGACAUAUUAGCUAACAAUGAAAUUCAUUUGGAGAACGAAUAUGUUGAUCUUGAUGAUGACAUUCAGGAUGUUAUUCCACCUCAUUUUUCACAAGAACAGUCUUCGGGUGCAAAGAAGUGUAAGAGUAAAAAGAGGAAAUUUGAAGACGAAGAAGAAGAAGAAGAUAUUAACUCAAAGAUAAUGAAAUCGGUUGAUAAUGUGGCUGGUGCUAUCAGGGAGGGUAAUAUAAUUUUUGAUAGAGCUUAUCCUCGGGAAUAUACAGGGGAAGAAAUUUAUAGAGAAUUGGAGUUGGUGGGUUUGGAACCCCAUGAAUUACUGAGGGCUCUAAAUUUUUUGGCAACAAAUCAAGCAAAAGCUAGGACAUUGUUCAGUUGUCCCCUUCAGAUACGGAUGAGUGUCCUCAAAGAUAUGAUGGGUGCACGUGAUUGA